UGUGAGGCAGCCUGAUGUAGGAUAGGAACAGUACGAACAAAAUGUUAUGAAAAAUACAGUGCCUUCCAAGACUUUUAGUGAAUUAAGUUAAUUUAUGUGAUUAAGUGGCCUUAACUUAGGUGUAGGAGACCGUUUAAGUUUGGAUUUACAUCGGACGCUUACUUGGAUUACCGUUGCUACAGCAAAAAAAGAAAUAAUUCAAGAUGACAGUCUUCGGAAUGGUGUCGGCCGUUGCCGGCCUGAUCAAAAUCAGGUAUCUGGUGGACAAGGCCAUGAUAGACAACAUGGUUUUUAGAGCUCACUAUAGGUUAACCUCAGCAAUACUAUUUGUCUGUUGUAUAAUCGUGACUGCCAAUAAUUUAAUAGGUUAUCCAAUUCAAUGUAUCCACGACAGGGUGAACCACCCCCAUGUGAUAAAUACGUUCUGCUGGAUCACCUACACCUUCACCUUGCCCCAUGAGCAAGGAAAAAUAGUUGGAACAGAAGUGGCCCAUCCUGGAUUGGGUAAUGAAAACCAAGAGAAGACCUAUCACAGCUACUACCAAUGGGUUCCAUUUGUUCUAUUCUUCCAGGGUGUGAUGUUCUACGUCCCACAUUGGAUCUGGAAAAACUGGGAAGAGGGAAAGGUCAGACAGAUAACCGAGGGUCUCCGUGGUUCCUUCGUAGGAAACAGGGAAGAAAGGGAAGCCCGACAAAACAGACUCGUGCAAUAUCUCAUCGAAACUAUGCAUUUACACAACACCUACGCCUUCGGCUACUUCUUCUGUGAAAUUUUGAAUUUCGUCAAUGUGAUAGUCAACAUUAUUAUGACCGACAAAUUCUUGGGCGGAGCCUUCUUGUCAUACGGAACUGACGUCAUUAGUUUUUCGAAUAUGGACCAAGAGAAUCGUACGGAUCCUAUGGUUUCCAUCUUCCCCAGAGUGACCAAGUGUACCUUCAACAAAUUUGGUCCUUCAGGGUCCAUCCAAAAACACGACGCACUCUGUGUGUUAGCCCUGAACAUUUUGAAUGAGAAGAUCUACAUCUUCCUCUGGUUCUGGUUCAUCAUCGUGGCUAUUCUAUCCGGUUUGGCCAUCUGCUAUUCUGCUGCCGUGGUCCUGCUUCCGAACACCAGAGAAACCAUUUUGAGAAGGAGGUUCAGAUUUGGAGCCCAUAACGCUGUUGACACUAUCAUCAGAAAAACACAGGUUGGCGACUUUCUACUUUUGCACUUCUUGGGUCAAAAUAUGAACCUGAUGGUAUUCGGGGAAAUUUUGGAAGAGUUGGUCAGAAGAUUGAACUUUGGCAGCAAUAGCAACCUCCCAUCGGCCCCCAGCACCCUAGAGAUGAGCCCCAUUUACCCCGAAAUCGAGCAAUACGGUAAAGAGACUGAAACAUAAGAUUUAGUUUCCAAACAAAUGACAAAUCAAUUCCUGAAUUUCGUUUAUUCCAAGAAAUGUGAAUGCCCUAAUUGAUAAGUUUGUUUAAAUGCCAUGUUAACUAGGAUCUCGACAAAUUUCCAAGAUUCCUGGUUUGAAUGAUGUAUCUUGUGAUUAUUUCGAAAUAGGUUAUAUUUUUUCAAUUAUAAAUAUUAGUUCUUUUCCGCUUUUGCCCAGUUGUAUAGGUUUUUAUACAGAUUUAUUUAGACUGCUCCACCUAAAUGCUGUAUCUAUCUCAUUCGAUGAUAAGAUUUUAAAUGAAUAAAUUUUAGUUAAUUUUU